AUGGCCAAUCUACCUGAGAUUCCCACUCCUCACUCGCAACUGGCCAAGUACAUCUUCGAUCACAAAGAUACACCAAUCACCGAGAUACUUGAGCCAUACCGCAAGUAUGAAGCUGAGUUGCGAUCAGUCUAUGCCCAGGAUCGUCAGAACCCAAUUCUUGAUGACCCUCACCUCAAUGUUGUUCCUCUCUUCACAGAAGACACCAAGUUCAUCACUACUCGAGCCAGAAACCUCGAGGCUGAGUCUGAAGAGGAAAAGUCCAAGUACAUCAUGGCCCUUCCUGAUGAGAAACGUCGCCCUCAUGACUCCCCUGCAACCGUUGCCGACUUGGCUGAGUUCCAGAAGAACUUCAACAUCUUCUCAGAGUCAUCUCUUGCCGACCUCGACUGGUCAAACGUGGUAGCCGCUGGUUCUUCAGUUAUCAACUGUCUUCUCCCUGUCCCCAAAGAGUUUAACACCACCAAGCGUAAGCUUCGUGAGUACUACCACGAGAAGUUCUGCCCUGCCUCUGAUGUCGAUCUCUUUCUCUACGGACUCACCCAUGAGCAAGCCAUCGAGAAAAUCAAGAAAAUCGAACGGGCUGUCAAGGAUGCCCUGCUCAAUGAGGUCACCGUGGUAAGGACCAAGUACGCCAUCACCAUUGCCAGUCAAUACCCCGUCCGACAUAUUCAGAUCGUUUUGCGUGUCUACAAGUCGGUCAGCGAAAUCCUCACCGGUUUUGACAUUGAUGCCGCCGGAGGAGCCUACAACGGUAGCCAGGUCUAUGUUACACCCAGAGCGCUUGGGAGUUUCAUCACUCAGAUCAACCAUAUCGAUCUUACACGCCGUUCGCCCAGCUACGAAAACAGGCUCUCCAAGUACUCCAAGAGAGCAUUCGAAAUCUAUUACCCUGAUUUUUCGAGGGAGAAAGUUGACCCUACCAUAUUUGAGCGCAGUUUCCGGAGGACUUUAGGCCUCGCUCGUCUACUCGUCCUUGAGAGGCUCCCUACCACGACGGCUCGCGAGACCUAUCUCGAUAAGAGAAGGGAGGAGCGAGGCCGCCCCAGGGUCUAUAGGCAACGCCAAGUUCUCCAUGGCAACAUCAAAGACUAUCACGAGGACGAGGUUGCUGACUGGUUGUCCGAGGAGGAUGUCAGUAACUAUCAUACUUUCACGGUACCCUACGGACAACACUUCAACGCCAAGCGGAUCGAGAAGCUCUGCUAUACGCGAGAUCUACUUCUCAAUGCAGAGUGGAAUCAGCCAGACGAACGGAAAGUAUACUUGCAUCGCCAUCCUGCAUUCUUUGGGCGUGUGGAGGACGUUAUUGAAGACUGCUGUGGCUGUUGUCCCGAACCUAUCACCGAGGAGGAAAAGGAGGUCGCAGAGAAAGAGGGCGAGAUAUACAUCAAAGGCAAAGUCUCUUUCCUGAUCGACGACCCUGGCCGACAGCAAAUCGGCUCCUUUAAUCCCCUUACCGAGAAUGAUUGGACAGACAUGGCGUACGUCGGAAACGUUACACGACUUUGCCAAUCCAUCGUUGAUGGCGAUGUCGAAGAUGUAUCAAACUGGCUCAGCCAGGAAGAGUCUGACCCGAACAAGAGGGACUACACUGGCAGGACACCACUCCAUCUUGCCGUCAUGGCAUCAACUCCUGAGGUCGUCAAGUGCCUUGUGGACCAUGGCGCUCGCCUCACUGCUCGCCUAGCAGAUGGCAGGACUGCUCUUCAUUUGGCUGCGUCUCGGGGCGAUUCAUCAAUGAUAAAGAUUCUGAUGGAAAAGUCGAUCGAGAACGAAGAAGCUGAAGAAGAGCGCCAGGACAAGAAGCGCCAGGCUGCGAAGAAAGCUGUGCCUGACACCAAAGAUGGCGACUCGGUCGAAAAUACUCGAUCUGAAGCCAACGAAGACUCUGAUGGAGAGCUUAUUGAUGGCGAAGCCACAGAUGUGGAUGCUGUGUCUAUGACUACAGGAUCUUUUGUCAAGGUCAAAGACGCCGGAGGCGACAAUGACGAAGAUCUGGUUCCCGACGAGUCGCAAGACGAACCCGAUUUUUUCGACAUUGACGCCCUGGCAUGGGACCUCCAAUGUUCUCCUCUGCACCUUGCAAUUGCGGAGGGCCACGAGGGUGCAGUUAGAGCACUUUGCGAUUUUGGAUCUGACUCGAUUAUUCCUGUGAAGUCUCUCACGGACGGCGAUGCUCAGGCGAUCCUCACUUUGGUUCUGGCUUUGUCUCUCCCUAACGACAAGGCCAAGUCGAUGGCCAAUCUUCUUUUGAAACUUGGUGCCACCUCUGCUCAGGCCGACUCUAGAGGGUGCAGUGCCUUUCACCGCUACGUCGAAUCUGGAGAAGAAGACCUCGUCGAUACACUUCUGGAGAACGAUAAAACAGGUAUCAAGGCAGCCAUCAAUCAUAUGAUCACCAGCGGGAGCUACUGGAACUCAGAGGCCAUCGCACCUCUCAGCACCGCUAUUGAGAACGGCGAUGUUGCCUUGGUCCUGAAGCUACUGGCCGCUGGCGCUAAAUCCGAAAUCGACUUCGAUACUUGGCUCAAAUCCGCUAAAGUCUCGAAUAUGAGCGGUCGCCUAGGAGACUUAGAGAGGAAUCAACAAAUGUACAGUGAGAGUACAGAGCAGCCGCUGAUUACCGCUAUUCGAUUAGGCAACACUGAUAUAGCAAUCAAGCUAAUCGAGAACGGCGCUGACCCCAACCCACUGGAUAUUGCAACCCAGGAGUUAAUCUUCAACGAGUACCGAAGGGACUACAACAAGGGGCGUUCAGCUCUAGACUUGGUUCGGUCCUCGCUGAAGCAACUCCGAGGUUACAAAGGCGAGAAGCGAGGACCAGUGGAACCAAAAGAGACUCCAGGCUUGGAUGACUUCCUGAAACGCUACACUGAGGGCACAUAUUCUUAUUGUCUUGUUUCAGCCGGAGUUGAAGAGUAUCGAUACAACUUCGUGGAAGGAAAGAAGAAGUACGAAGAGGAUAUCAAGAAGAGUCGAGAACCAAAGGGAGUGUCUGAGAAGCGUGAGGCUAUUAAGGAUCUUGUUGCUGGCUUUGAGGCUGUAGAAGAAGCUCUUAUAAGUCGAGGUGCCAAGCCCUUCACAGAGCUGCGUCCUGAUAUCAAGACAAAAGGCAGAGACGAUUCAAGCCGAACCAGCAGAAGGACGGACCACAACGACCCGAAACCUUUCGAGUACCGCUUCUCUUUCAACAAUGACCGCGAUAUGACCGAAAGGAGAAGAGAUGGUUAUAUUGAACUGAUGGAAGCUGCCUGGACUGGAGAUCUUGACAAGAUCAAGAAACUCUCACUUCAAGCAUGGGGCCCAGAACAGGACCAAGCACCGCUGAAGAUCGCCGUUUGGGAUAACAAGGGCAACACCCCCUUCUCUAUUGCCGUACUUCGAGGACAUUACGACGUGGCUAAAGCCUUGCUGGAGAUUGUAAAAGCACAAUGGUCUCCACCCAAGAAGGAUAAGGUCCGAUUCAGAAUGGACACCGGCGAUGAUGAGGAGGAGGAGGAAUACGAUGAGGAUUCUGACGAAUCCGAUGGUUCCCAGAACGACGAGCCACGAAUCGUGUCUGAGAAGGUGCAACAACAGUUCACUAUUGACAAUAUUGGCCAUGUUGACUUGAAUGUUGAGUCUCAUACCAAGCCUCUGCAAGUCAUAUGCCAAUCAGUCCCGACCGAUUGGUCGAUCAAGAACGAGAGGCUCUUCUAUCAUUGGAUCAACACCAGUCUGUUCAGUCAUAUGUUGUCAACAGACAACAUGACUGGGCUAAAGUUUCUCUUGGAUUUGGCACAGCACUGUUCGAGCCAGAUAUUCGAAGGUGAUGACGGAGAGGACGAUGAUUCGCCUACGGGCUUUGUUUUCCCACAAGACGGCUUCAGGUACGCUGUCGAUCAUGGCAAAACAAAAAUGCUUGCCUUGAUUAUCAAGCAGACAGGCGCAGGGAUUCCACUCGAUCACCUUGUCAAGAAGAGCGGCGUGGAAUUGAACCGAAGACCACGUUAUUACCAAGGACUGACUGUGUAUGGAAGAAAGAGGAAAGAUUGGGCCACUGCUGGACGUGGCAUGGUUACCAGAAGCAGCGGCCCAAGGACACCACCCCUUCUUUAUGCCGCUCUCGCUGGUAACUUAGACAGCGUUGAGUUUUUCCUGGGAGAUGCUCCGCACAGGUUGUACAGCGAGUUUGCUAAAUCCAAGGCCUCUAAGGAGGACUAUCGAUUCAAGCACUUGAAGGAGAGCCCUGGCGGUUUUGACCGUGCGAUUUCAAAGUGGCUCGGUGCUGACAAUGAUCUUGUGAUCCAUUGCGCAGUCUUGGCUAAUUCUGGCGAAAAUGCAAACGAGGUACUCGAGUUCCUCACCGAGACAUUCCCAGCUGCAAUUGAGAAGAAGAACACUGAAGGCGACACACCUCUUGCGGUAGCUUGUCGUCUUGGGCGAAUCGACGCUGUCAAGAUCUUGUUAUCAGCCAACGCCGACCAAUCUGCUCGCAACCAGAAGGGCGAGAACAUUCUACACGCGGCGCUCGCCUGUAAUCCCAGGGAUUACCAGCUUCGCGAACUUUUGGACCUCCUUGAUACCGACCUUCGAGGCCAUCUUUUCCUGCAGAAGAAGAACCUGACCGAGAACGGAACCACGCCUCUGCAUACAUGGGUUUCCCAAGCCUCGGGGGUUCAAGUCGAAUAUUUCGGCUCCCACCCCCGUCGUUAUUAUCAGUCUAGAGGGGCAUAUGAUGGCAAGGAGCAGGAAAUGAUCCGUAUGCUCAAUCUCCUUCUCGAAUACUCCAAGGGCGACGAACUCGAGAUGCUCAACGGAGCCGGCGAUACAUGUCUUCAUACUGCAAUCAUGAUGGACACGAUCGCCCUGGCUCAGGCCUUGAUCAAAUUCAGGCCAAGCCUAGUAUACCGGGAGAACGCCGUUGGUCGAACUCCGGCUGAACUGGCCCAUGACCGGCUUACUAGUCAGAAGUUUGAGAUGCCCGGAUACCCUAGUCGAAGCCGAAAGGAUGGUGUCAGGGACACCCUAGUAAAUGACCCUAAGAAUUUCGUCCGCGAGGCCGAAAUCGAGGCCCAUACACCAGAGCAGAGGAAGGAGUUCCUUGAGGCUCUCGGGCUCAGUGACAAUUACAAGGCGAACGAAGUCUCUUUGAUUCGGGCUGCUAUGGGAAUCAAAAAACAGCAUUCCAACAAGAGUCUCGACAACAAGACUAUUGGGGGGAUCUUGUGGGAUCUCUGUCGCACGGCGAUGCAGAAGUACCCUGGAAAACGCCGAUUGGUGACUUUGAACGAGGCCAAUGAUGUUGCAAAGAGACUGGGCGAGAAGUACUCAGCAUCGAGAUAUUUCAGUGUCCAGGCUCGAGUUGAGGAUGGAGAGGAGGAUCCCGAAGAGAAUGAGAAUAACACAACUGUUGACUUUGCAGUUCAGCAGAUGAAUUCCUGUCUGUCCUGGGCUUGGCCUGUCAACAAGCAGCCUGGAGAAGACAGCAAUUCCUCAAGCGACAGUGAUGCGUAA